AUGGCCCUAUGCCUCCGGCAGCCAAUCCACAUCACCCGUGAAGUAUAUAAUUUUGAAGCAGACAGAUUGACCGUAAAUGAUAUUAAAGAUGACGGCGCUUCUCCCGGAGUAUAUGACGAGGAAAUGAAAAGAAUCAUGCUUAUCAUCACAGUUUCCAUGUGCGAUCUCUGCAUUAUGUUAACUGACGCCCUCGCCCUUGUCUACCCCCAAGUUCUCCCUACUGUUCGUGUGCCAGAACAGUGUUUACUCCUGGCCUUGGAGGUCCAACGAGUUCGCGGGUCACUUGAUGCUUGGUACAGCGGUAUGCAGUAUCAUAUGUCUGUUUUCCCUGUCUAUCAACGCUCCGGCGGACCCGCCAUCCUGUUUCAAAAUUUGCUCCAGAUAUACUUUCACUCGACUCGGAUAUUACUCGCCAACUACGAGAUUCAGAUGGAGGUGGAGUUCUGUCUAAUUCAAAUCCAGAGCCAGGAGAGUAUCAGCCGCAAUAGCACCGAGUUACAAUAA